CGCCGCCGCGCUCCGCUCCGCCGUGCACCGCCACCAUGACCGUCACACGGCUCGACCAGGGCCAGCGCUACCGCCCGAGGAUGGCCUUCCUGAAAAAGAUCGAAACACUCAUGAUGGAGAUGCAGAACCCGGACACAGGAAUCAAGACACAGACACAGACAGUGAUGAUCACCAACAUCCCCCACGCUGUGACAGGUGUUGAUAUAAUGCAGUGGAUUCUUCAGCGCUUGCAGAUCACUGCGGAAGAGGCACUCCACCUGGGAGACCUGUUUGUCAAAUAUGGAUAUAUCUACCCUCUUCAGGAGCCAAAGAACCUCACCCUUAAGGCAGACGGCAGCCUCUACAGGUUUCAAACCCCUUAUUUCUGGCCGGUGCAGAGCUGGGCUGCUGAUGACACAGACUAUGCAAUUUAUCUAGCAAAGAAGAACAUUAAAAGGAAAGGGAUUUUGGAAGAAUAUGAAAAGGAACAUUACAGCAUGCUCAAUCAAAAAAUAAACUACAAGUGGGAUUUUGUUAUUAUGCAGGCCAAGGAGCAGUAUAAGGCAGGGAAGGAGCGGAAGAAGGAGGACAGGUACGCCCUGGACUGCCAGGAGAGAGCCUACUGGCUUGUGAACAGAACUCCUCCGGGCAUGCUGGACGUCCUCGAGUACGGGUUAGACCGUGUCACAGAUCCCAAUGAAAAUAAGAAAAAUACUAUGGAAUUCUAUAGGAGAGAGAUCAUGUACUAUCAGCAGGCCAUCAUGAAGACCAGAGUGAAAUCUUCUGUCUCUCUUGGAGGGGUUGUGAAGUACUCUGAGCAGUUCCUCUCCAAUGAUCCAAUCCUGUCUGGAUGUCUCCCCAGCAACCCUUGGAUAUCAGAUGACCCUGAGUUUUGGGAUCUCAAUGCAAAGCUGGUAGAGGUGCCCACCAGGAUGCGCGUGGAGCGAUGGGCCUUCAACUUCAGCGAGCUGAUCCGGGACCCCAAAGGCCGCCAGAACUUCCAGCUCUUCCUGAAGAAGGAGUUCAGCGGAGAGAAUCUGGGUUUCUGGGAAGCCUGUGAGGAUCUCAAGUAUGGAGACCAAUCCAAGGUCAAAGAAAAAGCAGAAGAAAUCUACAAGCUUUUCCUGGCUCCAGGAGCAAGGCGCUGGAUUAACAUCGAUGGCAAAACAAUGGGCAUCACAGUCAAAGGCCUGGAGCACCCUCAUCGUUAUGUUCUAGAUGCUGCUCAGACCCACAUUUACAUGCUGAUGAAAAAGCACGGGUUUGUUCGGGCGCCGCCACCUCCGCUCCAGCCCCAGCCCCAUCAUCCUGAGGCAGCAGGAGGAAGAGGCCAAAGCCAAAGAAGCCGCCAACACCGUGGACAUCACGCAGGUCAUGAGCAAGCUGGAUCGCAGGAACCAGCCCCAGAAGGAAGCUCCUCCCAAGUAGGCUCUGAGCCCCGCAGCAGGGAAAAGACAAGGCGAGGCUGGUGCUGAGCUUCGCCUCCCCUCUCCUGAAGGUGUCAGUGCUGCUUUAGGUUUGGCAGGCCGGCUGUCCCUCCGCCAGCUGCCCGCACGUUGUCAUGGCUCCUGGAGAGCAGCUGGGGCUGUGCCGGGCUCGGGAUGCAGCAGCCGCACACCUCGCAGGGGAGAUGAGAUGCCUUCUGCUGCCGCACAUCCCCCGGGAGGCUGCACAGCCCGCCUGCCUCUCCCCGCCGCUCCAGGAGCGGGUGGCACAAGGCAGGGUGAAGCUGUGCCGCAGCGCUCCGGGCUCAGACGAGCCUCCCUUGGCACAGAGGGGAAUGACCCCGCGGGGAGCAGGGCGAGGUGACCCAGCCCCGAGUGUCCCUGCUGGCCCCCAUCCCCUCGGGGGACCGUGCACCCUCCCAAGGGGUGCGUCUGGCACCCCCUGAGAGGAGCACAGCCCCCACUCCAAGAGUCCUGCACCUCCAGCCAGCACCACGGGCCGCAGGCAGAAGAGCUGCUUGUGGGAACAGUAGCAGGAGCAUUUCUGAAGGUUUAGCUGACCUUCUGAGUUUGAAUGACACUCCCACAUCCCCUGGCACGCUGGAGAUGAUCAGCAGGAAGCUCUGCUCUGCUCUCCCCGUGACUCCUGUGCCGUGAGCUGGGCGUGCAGGUGCAGAGAGCUGCCCCUUCCCAGAGCCUGCACGAGGCCAAGAGAGAUUUUACCCAAUCCUUCCCACUUCUUGUCUUGUCUUUUUCCUGCUUUUCUAUUUUCUGUUGUUAAAAAUCCAGCAGGAGGUAGCUACAGUUGUCACUGGCUUGUAGCCCAGAGGCAAGGGAGAGCAGGGUAGAGGUGUUAAGAGUUGAUUUAAACUUUAAGUAGUAUUUUCAUUUGCUCUGUCUCUUUUGCUCUGUAGAAUGAGGCAAGCUAAAAUACUACAUUAGUGCUAAAGAGCUCAGGGAGAUUCCAGGCCUUCCUGGAAAAGCCCAGCAUGCCUGGACCAGGCCAAGGAUUACCAGAAGUGUGAAGAUUCCUGCAAAGCUCAGUCAAGGGAACUGAAGGGGAAGAAAAGCUUCCUUGUUUAUUAAAAUGUUGGGGAAGCAGAGGAACUGGGUAGAAGUACUGAAGUCUGGGAAGCUGCUUCUCUCCGGUUCAUCCCUUUUUAAUACUGGUAGGGUUUUAUAGAAAAUGGGAGAUCAUAGAAUCCCAGAAUGGUUUGGAUUGGAAAGGACCUUAAAGCUCAUCUCAUCCCACCCCCUGCCACAGGCAGGGACACCUUCCACUAUCCCAGGGUGCUCAGAGCCACAUUCAGCCUGGCCUCUAACACCUCCAGGGAUGGGGAAGCUUAAGGAGAAAGCUGGCAGGGAGCAGGAGCCCUUGGAUAGGGGGGUGCAUGCAGACCCUUGGAGCCCUGGGGUCCUUGCAGGGCAGCUCCCUGUGAACAGGGGACAGUCGGGAUGUCACUGUGUCCCCAACAGCUCCAACAGCCACUCUGGCCCUCCCUGUGUGUGACAUCAGAGGCAGGAUCAGGGCUGGACACUGACCUGGUGUCACUCCUCUCCUUCACCUGUGGCUGAGACUGGGAGAUUGUCCUACUUCCUUACCCCAUCAGUGACAAACCUCCUUAGAGGAAUUCAAACGGAGUUACCCCAGAUUUUCCCUCUGAUGUCUGUGCUGAGUCUCUGUUCUCACUCCUGCUGGAAGCACGGGCACAUUCUGCAUUGCUGUACAGGGGAGCAGGCUCAGGCUGCCUUUUUUAAAAAAUUCUGCUUAAAACCCCAGGGCUUUGUUACAUCAGGUGCUGAGCACCCUCAGCUUACUUUGACAUCAGAGCACUGGAAGAUACUCCAGAACCUGGUAGGGUUGGCCCAAAGCUACUUGGCUGUGAUGAACUCUACAGUCUCUCCAGAGUUUGUGUAACAUGGAGCACUGAGCACGUUGGGAUUGCCAGUAUGUAGUAACAUGUGGAAGAUCAAGUCAGGGUAUAAAUAAUAAAUAACAAAUCUGUAUGUUCCCAUCAGUCCCUCUGAUUCUACUUCUAUUUUGUCUGCUGCUUUGCUUGUUACGUUCUCUGUAUCCAUUCCUUUCUCUGAUUUUCUAUCAUUUCUGCUUGGCAUCGCUGCUCCCCUGCCAUGGGUUCGUGCUGCAUGCUCAGGAGUCACUGUGCUUGUGGAACACCAGUUACUGCUCGUGGAACACAAAUUACUGUGUGUGGAACACCAGUCAUUGCUUGUGUAUCACCAGUUAGUGCAUGUGCAUCACCAGACAUUGCUUGUAUAUCACCAGUUACUGCUUUGGAACACCAGUUACUGUGUGUGGAACACCAGUCAGUGCUUGUUUAACACCAUUUAGUGCAUGUGGAAUGAACAGCCAUCCUUCACACACAGGCAGGAGCUGUCUUUGCCCUGCCACAGGUUGAUGGAGCUGUCACAGCCCAGCCUUCUGCUUCUCAUCCUCUGCUGCUCAGCCCCCGAAGAGGAAAGUUGCCUGGGACAAGCUGAACUUCACUUUG